UAUCUGGCAGGGAACAACAUAGGAACGACAAAGCAUCCAACCUAAUCAAACGAUUCAAACCAAACGAAAUCGAAGGAGAUUUGGAUCGGAUCCCUGAAGGAACCACAUCUCCCUCGCGACCUUCAUUUUCAUCUCCAUCCAAUGGCCUCUUACAGAGCCGACGACGAUUACGAUUACCUCUUCAAGGUUGUUCUCAUCGGCGACUCCGGAGUCGGCAAAUCCAAUCUCCUCUCCCGCUUCACUCGCAACGAGUUCAGCCUCGAAUCGAAGUCUACCAUCGGCGUCGAAUUCGCCACCCGCAGCAUUCGUGUCGAUGAUAAGGUCGUCAAGGCCCAGAUUUGGGACACCGCUGGCCAGGAGAGAUAUCGAGCAAUUACAAGUGCAUAUUAUCGAGGAGCUGUUGGUGCUUUACUUGUUUAUGAUGUUACCCGUCACGUAACAUUUGAAAAUGUGGAGAGAUGGCUGAAGGAGCUUCGGGAUCACACAGACUCCAACAUCGUGAUCAUGCUCGUUGGUAACAAGGCAGAUCUCCGCCACUUGCGAGCUGUUUCCACUGAAGAUGCUAAGGCUUUUGCUGAAAGAGAGAACAACUUUUUCAUGGAAACAUCAGCUCUAGAGUCCUUGAAUGUUGAGAAUGCCUUCACAGAGGUGCUGACCCAGAUCUAUCGUGUUGUCAGCAGGAAAGCUCUUGACAUCGGGGAUGACCCAGCAGCUUUGCCCAAGGGACAGACCAUCAAUGUUGGAACCAAGGAUGAUGUGUCGGCAGUGAAGAAAGUGGGAUGCUGUUCUGCAUAAUACUGAAGAAACAAGGAUCUAGUUUUGAAGAACAUCAUGUUUGGAGCUUUCUAUCCUGUUCAUAUUUAUAUAGAGCAUGGCCCUGCAUCGCACACGAAAGCUAUGUCAACAAAACUUUUAACUGUUAGAACAUCAUGUUCUGGAUACUUGAACAGAUCUUUUGUUUAUGGUUAGCCAAAGGUUUAGGAUCUAAAGGAAACGGAGCAGCUCGCUGACAUUUUCUUUGAUUCAUUUUAGCUUUCAAUUUCCAUUCUUUCCCAUCGGUGUACUGCUAUAAUUGCUCCAUUAACAUAGCCUCAUAUUUUAGUAGCUGUUUUGGGUUAUAAUUUGUACUCAAGUCCUUGAAUUUCUGUUUAAAUGCUUAGCUAUUUACUUGAUCCAUAAAGUGACAUUAUUUUCCUCUA